GCUAACCACGGUCACACUAUUCCAGCUGGCCGAACAGAAGAGGAAAUAAUAUUUGUAUUUACUUAGUCCCUUUGUACGUAAAAUCCACACAAGCAAAAUGCAGGGGACGGCAACGGUAUUGGUAGUUGCGCUGGCGCUCCUUUUCGGGCCCGAGAAAACAGCCGGAAAAUCAGAUCCCGGCAUUGUGGACGUCCUGGUGACCACGGACUUACCCACAGUCCGGGAACAGCGACCGCUUUUGGCCGACACAAAAAUCUACGCUCAAAUCAAAGGCUGUUCGUCCAAUAAGGAGACCAAUCUUACCAUUACUUUUGAGCUAUCGGAGCACCCCUGCAUCUACGACGAUCGUCUGUUGCAAGCUAUCGCACAGGAUAAUGCCCUGCGUAAUAAUGCUAGCAUUAACAAGGUCAUUACCAAGAUCACCAAGAUGUAUCCCUGCAACGGACUCAUUGUCCUUUCGGUGGACAAGCCUGCUGAGGGAGCAACCCCGGGAACGCCGGAACCCAAACAUCCCAUGAAGGAAAACAAACAUCCACUUUCGCCCACGACCACUCCGAUUUCGAGCGUUUCAGAGGAUGGCAUCUACGUGAUCGAGGUGACCAUCGCAUCAAGCGAGCAGUUCACCGCCGUGGUUCACAUCGAGUUCCUGGGACCGCAUGGUUAUAUCUCGGCCAUAGAUUGGCCAUUCCUGCCGUUCUAUUUAAUCAUGUGCAUUGUUUACGUGAUAUUUGGCAUAAUUUGGCUGUUUGUUUCAUUCGCCCAAUGGCGGGAUCUGUUGAGAAUUCAGUUCUGGAUCGGUGGCGUCAUUCUGCUCGGUAUGCUGGAGAAGGCCUUCUUCUAUGCCGAAUACCAAACGCUGACGAAUAAGGGAGUGCCGGUUCAACAUGCUGAGCUGGUCGCCGAAUUUGUGUCCUGUGCGAAGCGCACUCUGGCCAGGAUGCUGGUCAUCAUCAUGAGUCUGGGCUUUGGAAUUGUCAAGCCGCGUUUGGGACCCAUGUUGCAUCGGGUUGUGGGCAUGGGAACCCUAUACUUUGUGCUGGCCUGCGUGGAGAGCUAUUUGCGUAUCACCAAUGUGAAAACUGAUCGCAGCGAGCUGCUGGUGGCAAGCAUUCCCCUGGCGGUUCUGGACACUGGAAUAUGCUGGUGGAUCUUCACCUCGCUCGUGCAGACCACUCGCACACUCAGACUAAGGAGAAAUAUGGUCAAGCUCUCGCUGUAUAGGCACUUCACUAACACCCUGAUCUUUGCUGUUAUCGCCUCCGUCAUCUUCAUGCUCUUUGCGUUGCGUUUGCGUAGGAUCGAGAAUUGUACGCCUGGAUGGCGUGACAUUUGGAUCGAUACUGGCUUCUGGCACAUUCUGUUUUCGGUGCUGCUGUUGGUGAUUAUGAUACUAUGGCGACCCACGAAUAACAACCAGCGCUACGCCUUCACUCCGCUGCUCGAUAAUCCAGAAGAUGAAGACGAUGAGGAAGAGGAGGAUCAGUUUGUGGCUGAUGCCUAUGGUGUGAAAAUGCGCGGACAGAAUGGUACGCCGAAGACGUCGACAACUUCGCGGAACGCCACGACGACCGAGGAGGACGACUUGCGCUGGGUGGAGGAGAACAUUCCCUCCUCAAUGGCGGACUCGGCUCUGCCCAUCCUAGACUCGGAUGAGGAAAUCAUCAACACCAAGUUCGAGGUGUCGAAAAUGCAAUAAUCUGUGACUUUCGCUGGACCGAAGAGACUUUCUACGCAUAUUUUUGCACAUUCACACAUCCGUGUCAUCCGCCAGCAGCAAAGCCCCAAUAUGCUAUGUAUUUUUUAUUUCGAUUCGCCAUUAAGGAGGGAAUUAUUUACUGCUGGACACCAUUGCUGUGCUGCGCUGACACUGAUCUUCCAAUUCGAGAACUGUUUGUCCAGCCACGCAUUCUGAAACCGUGUAAAAUAUUGUAUCUAAUCGUAGCUCCUUCUACGCGCACUUCCUCCCCUCUAAUAAAUCUAACUUAUUCAUAAUACCUAGCCUAAGUUGUAGAUAUCUAUGCGACGAACCGUAAACUUAAUUUAUAAACCUCGAUUUCGAUUCUAAUGUUGAACCCCUAGUACACUCGCUAAUGUGUAUAAGCGAGUAAGUUGUUGUCGCCUCAUUGUAUAUAGCUGGUAACACAAACAAAAAAAAAAAAAAACAAUCUAUAAAAAUGUAUAAGUAUUCUGUAAUAACUACGAUAAAACGCAACCACGCAAUGUCGGGGAAAACUUUAACUUGAACUACUGCUGAUAACUGAGAAGAUUAAAAAGGAAUUAAAUUUGUAAGCACACGAUCACUUGCGUCACACACCUCAACGUAUUUAAAUAUAUUUUUAAUCAAACGGUUUAAGAUUUUCAUAAAUAAAUGCAAUCGUAUCUUAAAGGUAGCAAUGAACCAAA